AAAAAACCUUCUCUCUCUCUCUCUCUCUCUCUCUCCUCACAUACUUUCUUGUCCAUCUCAACUCUAGGCAUCUCUUUGCCUUUUCUUUCCUCUCCUUCCCCUCAUCAUCAUUUCAACCUCUCUCUCUCUCUCACUGAUACUUUCCCUUUGCUUAAUCCUUCCCUUUACAUCUCCCAGUACUACUUAUUAAUUUAAUCCUUUCUCAUCUAAUCAUAUUCAUUUCUCUAUUUUCCCCCUUUUUUCUAAAUUAUUAUUACAUCUUCUUCUUCCCCCUUUCAACCCCACAAUACCCUCUUCUUCUUCAGCACAAAAUUUGUUUUUAAACAAAUUGUGACAUUUUAAACCCUGAAAAUUUCCAAGAUCUGAAAAUUAUAAAAAGAUUUUAUUUUUGAUGAUGGCCAACCGGUGGUGGACUUCCGGCCAGAUGGGUCUUCCGGGAGUUGAUCAUACCUCAACCAGCUCCUCUGCCAUGAGAAAACCAGAUCUCGGAAUCUCCAUGAACGACAACGGUGGACCUGUCCACAGCGGCGGGGAUGACGAUGAUGAUAGGGAUAACGGUGGCGAUGAACCUAAAGAAGGAGCUGUUGAAGUUCCAACACGCCGUCCCCGUGGCCGCCCGCCGGGCUCCAAGAAUAAGCCUAAGCCACCUAUCUUUGUUACUAGAGAUAGCCCUAAUGCCCUAAAAAGCCAUGUCAUGGAGAUUUCUAAUGGAGCUGAUAUCGCCGAAAGUGUUGCUCAAUUCGCUCGACGACGACAGAGAGGUGUUUCUGUGCUUAGUGGCAGCGGUACGGUAACGAAUGUCACACUCCGACAACCAUCUGCCCCCGGUGCAGUCUUAACCCUCCAUGGCCGGUUCGAGAUUCUUUCUUUGACUGGAACUUUCCUCCCAGGACCAGCCCCGCCCGGCUCCACUGGACUAACGAUCUACUUGGCCGGUGGACAAGGGCAAGUGGUGGGCGGCAGCGUCGUCGGGCCACUCACCGCUGCCGGCCCAGUGAUGGUGAUUGCUGCAACAUUUUCCAACGCGACAUAUGAAAGAUUACCCUUGGAAGAGGAGGAAGAAGGCGGCGGAGUAGGAGCACAAGGGCACACAUCGGCAGGCGGUGGCGCAGUCGACGGUUCUCCUCAAGGCAUCGGAAGCGGAGUCGGAGAUCCGUCAGCUAUGCCUCCACUGUAUAAUUUACCGCCGAACUUGCUACCGAAUGGCGGCGGUGGGCAGAUGAACCAGGAGGCUUAUUCUUGGGCUCACGGCGGCCGGCCCUCGUUCUAAAGCUUCUGAUGAUAAAAAGGUUAGAAAUUAAAGUGUCCUAAGAUUCAGGCUGUUUGUUGCAGCCAUGGUUUAGGAGGUUGAAGAUAUAAAAGAUGAAAGAGAUUUGUUCUCUAUAUAUUUCAUGUCUUAGUCGAUUAUAAAUAUUCAGUGUGAAAAAACCCUUAAAUUGUUCUAUGCAAAUACAA